CCCCCGCACCGGUCCGAGUUGCGGCCGCGUGGACUGCGAGGCGCGCCGCGCCGCGCCCUGGGAACGCCGCUCCCCGCGCGCCAAGGGACCCGGGGAAGCCCUUCUGGGGUCCGAGGCCGCGCUGCGGGGCCGCCCACGCUGCGCUCCAGGAGCCAGAGCCUGCAGGGUGGGUGUCGGGACAUGCUGAUCUUCCCUCAAGACAGCUGGCGGGCGCUCUGGUCAUGGAGGACUGCAAUGUGCACUCAGCCGCCAGCAUCCUGGCCUCGGUGAAGGAGCAGGAGGCCCGCUUCGAGAGGCUGACACGGGCACUGGAGCAGGAACGGCGCCAUGUUGCCCUACAGCUGGAGCGUGCCCAGCAGCCUGGCAUAGUCAGUGGUGGCAUGGGCAGUGGGCAGCCCCUGCCAAUGGCCUGGCAACAGCUGGUCCUCCAGGAGCAGAGCCCAGGCAGCCAGGCCUCACUGGCCACGAUGCCGGAGGCACCUGAUGUGCUGGAGGAGACCGUGACGGUGGAGGAGGACCCCGGCACACCCACUUCCCAUGUGUCUAUUGUCACAUCCGAAGAUGGCACAACCCGGCGCACCGAGACCAAGGUCACCAAGACUGUUAAGACGGUGACCACUCGGACAGUACGCCAGGUGCCCGUGGGCCCAGAUGGACUCCCCCUGCUGGAUGGCGGCCCCCCACUAGGCCCUUUUGCAGAUGGUGCCCUGGACCGGCAUUUCCUGCUGCGUGGUGGUGGCCCAGCGGCCACACUCUCUCGAGCCUACCUCAGCAGCGGGGGUGGCUUUCCCGAAGGCCCCGAGCCCCGGGACAGCCCCAGCUAUGGCAGCCUGUCCCGAGGGCUGGGCAUGCGGCCCCCACGUGCUGGCCCCCUUGGCCCAGGCCCUGGUGAUGGCUGCUUCACACUGCCUGGCCACCGGGAAGCCUUCCCGGUGGGUCCUGAGCCUGGGCCACCAGGUGGCCGCUCCCUGCCUGAGCGCUUCCAGGCAGAGCCGUAUGGCUUGGAGGAUGACACGCGUAGCCUGGCCGCUGAUGACGAGGGUGGCCCUGAGCUGGAGCCUGACUAUGGCACGGCCACAAGGAGGAGGCCUGAGUGUGGGCGGGGCCUUCAUACCAGGGCCUACGAGGACACAGCAGAUGAUGGCGGCGAGCUGACGGACGAGCGGCCUGCGUUCCCAACGGUGACGGCGCCCCUGGCCCAGCCUGAACGGGGCAGCAUGGGCAGCCUGGACCGGCUGGUGCGGCGCUCGCCCUCAGUGGAUAGCGCCCGCAAGGAGCCGCGCUGGCGGGACCCUGAGCUGCCUGAGGUGCUGGCCAUGCUGCGGCACCCCGUGGACCCCGUGAAGGCCAAUGCGGCCGCCUACCUGCAGCAUCUGUGCUUUGAGAACGAGGGUGUCAAGCGGCGUGUACGGCAGUUGCGGGGGCUGCCGCUGCUUGUGGCACUGCUGGACCACCCACGGGCUGAGGUGCGGCGCCGGGCCUGUGGGGCACUGCGCAACCUCUCCUAUGGCCGCGACACUGACAACAAGGCCGCCAUCCGGGACUGCGGUGGUGUGCCUGCCCUGGUGCGCCUGCUGAGGGCUGCCCGGGACAACGAGGUCCGUGAGCUUGUCACUGGCACCCUGUGGAACCUGUCAUCCUAUGAGCCCCUGAAGAUGGUCAUCAUUGACCAUGGCCUGCAGACGCUGACCCACGAGGUGAUCGUGCCCCACUCAGGAUGGGAGCGUGAGCCCAACGAGGACUCCAAGCCACGGGACGCCGAGUGGACAACUGUCUUCAAGAACACGUCGGGCUGCCUGAGGAAUGUGAGCUCCGAUGGUGCUGAGGCCCGGCGGCGACUCCGGGAGUGUGAAGGGCUGGUGGAUGCGCUCCUGCAUGCCCUGCAGUCGGCUGUGGGCCGGAAGGACACUGACAACAAGUCGGUGGAGAACUGCGUGUGCAUCAUGCGGAACCUGUCCUACCACGUGCACAAGGAGGUGCCCGGGGCCGACAGGUACCAGGAGGCCGAGCCCGGGCCCCUGGGCAGUGCUGUAGGCUCCCAGCGCCGGAGGCGGGAUGAUGCCAGCUGCUUUGGUGGCAAGAAGGCCAAAGAGGAGUGGUUCCACCAAGGAAAGAAGGAUGGUGAGAUGGACCGGAACUUUGACACGCUAGACCUGCCCAAGCGAACUGAGGCCGCCAAAGGCUUUGAGCUGCUGUACCAGCCCGAGGUGGUACGUCUCUACCUCUCCCUCCUCACGGAGAGCCGGAACUUCAACACCCUGGAGGCUGCCGCCGGCGCUCUGCAGAACCUCAGUGCCGGCAACUGGAUGUGGGCCACGUACAUCCGCGCCACAGUGCGCAAAGAGCGCGGGCUGCCGGUGCUUGUGGAACUGCUGCAGUCUGAGACCGACAAGGUGGUGCGCGCCGUCGCCAUCGCUCUGCGCAACCUCUCGCUGGACCGGCGCAACAAAGACCUCAUCGGGAGCUACGCCAUGGCCGAGCUUGUGCGGAAUGUGCGCAAUGCACAGGCUCCGCCGCGACCGGGGGCCUGCCUGGAGGAAGACACCGUGGUGGCGGUGCUCAACACCAUCCACGAAAUCGUGUCCGACAGCCUGGAUAACGCGCGCUCGCUCCUGCAGGCACGCGGGGUGCCAGCGUUGGUGGCUCUCGUCGCCUCCAGCCAAUCGGUACGCGAAGCGAAGGCGGCGUCACACGUGCUGCAGACUGUGUGGAGCUACAAGGAGCUGCGUGGUACCUUGCAGAAAGAUGGUUGGACCAAGGCGCGCUUCCAGUCAGCUGCUGCUACUGCCAAGGGGCCUAAGGGAGCACUGAGUCCUGGGGGCUUCGAUGACAGCACGCUGCCACUGGUGGACAAGAGCCUUGAGGGCGAGAAGACUGGCAGCCGGGAUAUGAUCCCCAUGGAUGCGCUGGGCCCAGACGGAUACUCCACGGUGGACCGGAGGGAGCGGAGGCCACGGGGCGCCAGCUCUGCAGGAGAGGCCUCUGAGAAGGAACCCUUGAAACUCCACCCCAGCAGGAAGGCCCCUCCCCCCGGGCCCAGCAGGCCCGCGGUCAGGCUGGUGGACGCCGUAGGGGACGCUAAGCCUCAGCCCGUUGAUUCCUGGGUCUAGCUUGCAUGCCUGGUACGUUCUCUCAUCUGGUUGUUCGUCCAGCUGUUCCUGCCCUCUGGGCCAGGGCUUCUUGUUAGUCUCCGCUGCCUGCACGCUCUGCUCUUCCCGCACGUUCCCCGCAGGACUUUGGCCUCCAGUCCAGCAGCCCAGUGGCCCAUUCCCGGAAAGACCAGGCAGAGGUCAGAGAGGGAGGGUGCUCCCUGGGCCCACAGCCCUGUCCCAGGCACUGUGGGAUCAGGGGCCUGAGGAAAUGGGACCAGAGUAGGGAUGGGCACCAUAUCCUCCAACGCCCUUCGGGGACCAGCAAGUCAGGAUCAGCCCUGGUGCCAAGACCCUUGGGGUCAGCCCACACCACCCAGGGCAGAUGCUUCUAUCCACAUCUCCAUCCAUGUAGCUUGUGGAGUUGGCUGCCCUGCCCUGAGGUUACACGUGGUCCUGUGCCACUCAGUGGCUGCAGCGUCCACCAUCCCCUCUCCCUCUGCAGGGCCCAGGCCCAGCCUCUUGUUCUUAGGGCUUGGAUCGUGGAAGAAGGGCCACCCUGAGCAGAUCGUGCCGUGGAGCUUGGAGCCCCCUGGCGGCAGGGGUUGGCAGUGCCUCGCCCCAGCCAAGCCUGACUUUGGGGACACCCUCCUGCCCCCCACCCCACUCCCCCCAUCCUACCUAACUCCCUAGGCCUGAGAUAGCUGUUUACUGACAUGGUGCUGUGUGUGAGCGAGUGACAGAAGGCCCGAGGAGGCCGACUGGGCUGCUGGGGCAGGGCCCAGGGAGGUGGCAGGGAAGGGUGCCUGACUGGGCUUUGGGGCUGGUGGGAUAGGAGGGUGCCCCUGGGAACACAGUGCCCCAGUGGUGCGGGCCAGGUCUGGUGCCAGGGGCAGGCAGCUAGGCAGGGAGGGGGCUGGGAAAGAACUUGGACUUCUAAAGGCGGAGGGUCUCCCUGGGCACCCUGCAGGCAGGCUGACCACAGUGUGGGGGGUGCCCCACAAGGCCCAGCCCUGGGCAAGGAAGCUUUGGAAGCAGCAAGGUGGGGGUCAGGCUACAGGUGCCCCACCUCCCCAGAGCCCUGCAGUCACGUGAGGCCCCUGUGCAGUAGAGAGCCUUUCUCCAGCCCAUGCUGGCUGGGGCCAGGGCUGCCGCAUCUGCCUGGAGCCUGGGCAGCACCUCCGGGACUGACCUUCGGCAGUGGCUUGGGGACUGCUUUCAGUGCCUGCUGUUCGGGACUCAGAAACAGAAGAAAAACACUGAGAAAAAGCAUUAAAAAUAAGCCAAAAUAAGACUAUUGGUAAACACCUAAAUUUUUGUAAGAAAAUUUAAAAAUUAAAGCAGCAAAGGAA